GCACCAAGAGUUUUAUUUGUUAGUCCCCUCUUGCUAUCUUUUUCUUGGGUGAAGUAAAUCGCAACAAACUCAAACUAAACUGCUUCGAACCAAAAUCAUACUUAAACGUUCCAAAAAGAAAAAAAGUUAAACCAACGGUCCGAAACCAACUUUUUACUUGCAUCAAAACAUUGUUCGCAGCUCUUCCGACACCUAUAUUUAAUCUAAGGUGCUCUAGCAUCUUUUCGAUAUCCAAGCAUGGUCAUGGCAAGAACGAAAAUUCAUGUCAUUCUGGUGUUUGUUAGUUCUCUACUCAUUUUGCUUCCAGAUUCACCAGUUGGGGCACCGGUGGGGGUUUGCUAUGGUCGCGUCGCGAUCAAUCUCCCACCUCCCUCGGAUGUUGUAGAUCUCCUCAGAUCCAAUGGCAUUUCAAGAGUUCGUUUAUUCAAUGCUGAUGCAGAAGCACUGAAGCCAUUCUCAGGGACAGAAAUUCAGCUCAUGAUUGGUGUCCCGAACGAAGUCCUGCCCACACUCGCUAAUGGGAUGGUUUCCACCUCAUUGGAUUGGCUCCAAUCAAACAUUUUUGCAUAUGUUUCUCCAAGCCAGGUUCGAUACCUAGCCGUAGGCAAUGAAGUACUCCUAAAAGAUCCAUUUUACUCACCGUUUCUUGUUCCUGCAAUCCGUAAGCUACACCAAGCUCUUCAAGCAUUAGGCCUCGCGGAUACAAUCAAACUCUCUUCAGCUCAUGCUGCAACAGUACUAUCCAACUCCUAUCCACCAUCAGCCGGAGCUUUUGAUCCGAACCUCCUCUCAGUCCUAACCCCACUCUUGCAAUUUCUGCGCGACACAGGAUCGCCCCUGAUGGUCAAUGUGUAUCCGUUUUUCAGCUACAUAAACAAUAUGCAGUCCGUUUCAUUAGACUACGCUCUCUUCAGGUCCUCUGCCGUUCAUGCGGAUCAGAAGUUGGCAUAUGACAAUAUGUUUGAUGCAACGAUCGAUGCUUUCGCGUAUGCCAUGGAGAGGGAAGGAUUUCAAGGCAUCCCAAUAGUGGUGACAGAGACAGGGUGGCCAACAGCAGGUGGAGCUGCUGCGAAUAUCGAGAAUGCAUUGGCCUAUAAUGGCAAUGUUGCGAGAAGGGGUUUGAACAAUAUUGGGACGCCUAAAAGGCCGGGAGUCGGUGUUGAGGUUUUCCUGUUCGACCUGUUUGAUGAGGAUCAGAAGGGAGGGGAGGAGUUUGAAAGGCAUUUUGGGAUCUUUCGAGUAAAUGGUGUCAAGGCCUACGACCUUUCAUUUAAUUAGUUUUAAGUACUGUGCUGUCUUCUACUCUAUUGCUAUUUGCUGGUCUGUAGUUUAUUUGCAUGGUUCAUAGUACUUGAAAGCAAGGCAUAUUCUGAUGUUCUCUACCAGUGUAUAAAUUGAUGGAUUGCAUCGAAUUUGUUCCAACUGAUGAUUAUAGAUACAGAAGUAUCGUCUUAGGAAAAUUCAUAAUUA